AUACUAGCCCGAUUCCGGUCGAGUUGCUUGUUAUCCUUCUUACAAACGCGGCAUUCUUUUUUUUCUCGAUCCUCGGCGAAGCUGCCAAAGCCAAUUCUCCUCUCUGUUUUUUCAACCCUCCCUAAGCUUUUCAAGAUGGACAAGUUCAAGCCCAGCAACUAUCUCCCAGUUGAUUGUGAAGAAUCUUACUCACCAGACCCUGGGUCCGACGAGGAUGACGAGGAGUGUCGUGAGUUUUCAACCACUUCAUCAGCUCGCUGGGCGGGCUCAAAAAGCUCAUGGAUUCAACGGCACUGGCGCUCUGUUACCGUCCAUGCCUUACUCAUAGCGGCAAACUUGUUUCUCUUCAUCGCCUACACGAAGGGAGUCAUAGUUCCCGUGCGUUACACUGAUCCUCAACAUGAACCAACUCCGUUCCGUUCCGUGGUGAAGUACGAACAAAGGGCGUUUGAUAUGGGAGCCAUCUAUGGCCUGGGCAAAAACAAGUCUUUGAACAUGCAAAAGGGUAACAUCAACUUCAAUGGCCCACCCAGACCUGAGCUGGAAAAUGCUUGGAAUGACCUUCUUCGCUUUCAAAACGUCCGAAUCCCCAGAAAGGAUAUGGGUCAGUUCCAGGACGACGACACUGUCAUUCGGUUGACCGACGGGACCUACUACUUCACCGUAUCAGUCUUUCACGGGCUCCACUGCGUUGAGAGAGUCAGAAAAUACCUCUACAAGGAUCAUUACUACCCAGACCUCAGUGAGAUGCAAGCCAUUGCCCUGCUGAAGCAUACAGAGCAUUGCAUCGAUUACUUCUUGCAGUAUCUCCAGUGUAAUGCCGACACGACUCUACUUCCUAUGGAGUGGACGACUGAAGAUCCAAAGCCUGUCUCCCAGGGGUUGGGCAAACACACCUGUGUCAAGUGGGACUCAAUUUUCGACUGGAUGAAGGAGAACUCUUUUGAUCCCUUUGAGCCGGGAAUUCUGAUGCAUCCCAUCCUUGGCGAUCCGUACGACCGAAAUGCGUCUCACCACCACGUCAAUGUGGGCCUUACAGAAGCCGGCGGGAUUCUGCAUCUGAACGAGGAUGGGACGGUGAAAGAAGGUAGCAAAAAGGCACAUUUGCAUUCGUGAGGUAUGCAGAUAAGCGAGCAAUGAGUAUGCACUUGGACGCAACAUCAUUUAUCGUCAACCGUUGUAAGCACGACAUAGACCAACCUAGAACUUCUCUUCCAAGUCAAUCUUAUUUCC